AUGAUCAUUGGGGUUAUCAAUUUUGUUGAACUGGAGAUCUAAAAAUAGAUUGGUUAUUAAAAACAUAAAAUAAAACUUUUGGUCUCUUAAAAUGAAAUAAAUAAUGAGAGCUAUGAACAAGCUUUAUAGUCAGAAUUAAUCACCAAGCGAGGACUGAUAGAACUUGUUUUUUAAAAAAUUAGGACAUCAUCAGUUAGAAUGACUAAUCAAAAUAAAGUAUGUUUUUAAAAAUUAUUUAGAGUUCUCUAAAGUUGUGGAUGCAUGGAUGUUUGAAAUUAAGCUUCUUUAACUAAAAUAUGGCUAAUUUUUUGCUGAUGUGGAAUGAAAUAUUAAAGUGCAUGCGGAUAUAUAUUGAAACUCAUUUGAUUGUUAUUCAUUUAUUGAUUAAUGAGUUCAAUUUGACUUAAAUCAACUCUAAAAUGGGGUUUAAGUUGUUACUGAAUAGAAACUAAUAAUAGUAAUUUUAUUAUAAUCAUUCUUUGUUCUAAUAUCAUUAAUCAAAUGAUUAUAAUUGA